UCGCAGUACCUUAGGAACGUGCUGUCAAAUCUAGUACGAUAAACAGUUUGUCAGUUUCCACAAUGGACGAAUCAUCUAGCACAUUUGUGGAUGAGAGAAUCCGUAAAAUGCCCACCGGCUAUGCGGAUCUUCCCAAUCACAUUUUGCUCAACAUUUUCAACCACAUCACCGAAAACGACUUGUCCCGCGUAGGUUUGGUGUGCAAAAAUUGGCGCCAGGUUUCAUCUUCGCCCGAGUUAUGGAAGACCUUUCGGGCCACGCGUGAUAUGUCGGAGACGUACAUACGCGAACGGAUCCAGAAGUUCACCAAAUUGAAGAGCCUGUUCUUGAUCAGCGUCGAAGACGUCGUCAUCGAGGACGUCGCUAAGAACCUGACCAACCUAACAAGCCUGACGAUACGCCACAGCACACCAAGCGAAGAGGUGCUGUGCCUGGUGGUGGCAAACUGCCGGCAGUUGCAGCGUCUGGACAUCAAAGGGUGCAAAUUCACCAGCUCCGUGUUCUUCCACGACUUGGCCAAGCUGCCGAACCUCAAGGCCGUCAAUGUGGGGGACAACUACCACAUGAACCUGUACCACCUGUUCACCAUUUGCACCAAGUGCACGGAUCUGGAGGAGCUGCAUCUGAUCGGGUUCAACCCGGGGAAGGAGACGUUCGAGGACAUGGAUUGUCGCUUCAUAUUCACCUAUUUGCAUCACCUCAAGAGAAUCUACUUGGACGCCUUGGACUUGACCGACUACACCUUCAGGACGAUCUGCGACAUCGGAGACCUGGAAGGAUUUGGUUAUUAUUGUGCGGAAAACCUGACUGCAAACGCCCUCAUGUCGUUGGGACCAAGAAUGGCGAGGAUGAAGGUGUUAAAGAUCCGCGAAGCUUGCCAACUCCUUUCAACCGACUUAAUAAGCUUCUUCUCCACUAACAAGUCACCAAAUUUGGAAGAGUUGGACCUGAUGUGCGCAGACCUUACAAACCAGUGCCUCAAGAUAAUCGUCGCCAACUGUCCACUGCUUAAGAAGUUAAUACUAAGAAGCUGCAAGAGAAUAACUGAUUUGGCUCAGCUUCUAAAAGCCUUGAAGCACCUGGAAAUGUUGAACGUGGCUUUUUGCGACCAACUGUUGCUAAAUUUUGAACGGCCCAGUACCUUGAGGAUUUUGUUCUUGGGAAACGAUGACGGAUCUCUGAAGUUUGCUCGAGAAUUACAAAUGAGUCACCAGGAUUUGCUUAUUAGGAUCUGCAUUUCUGAGGACAACAAGAAAUGGAAGCCAUUCAAGUCUGACAAGGUGGACGACUAUAGAUAAUUAGAAUUUGUGUAUUAAAAUCCAAAACACCUUGUGAAGAUAAUAAAUAAAGUAACUUUAAAUUAA